AUGACGGGCACGGCCGUCAUAGAAGCGCUGCACAUAUACGACGAGCGUCACAAAUGUAUUCUAUCCCACACAUACACCGGCCGGCCUCUCUCCGCCGCACAUCUACUACCUCUCUACCUCGACUCUCACCCGGAGCCCCGACCGAGCUUGAUCUACUUGCCGAACACCAACCCAGCGACACUUGUAUUCUCUCUCACCCAUGCCAAUGUCUUACUCCUCGCAACCGCCUCUCGGGAGGUUGAGCCGCUACUCGUGCUCGAGUUCCUACACCGUGUCGUCGAUGCCUUUGAAGAGUUUCUGGGCGCGCCUCUGACGGCCCAGCGCAUCGAAGCCGGCUACGAUGUGGCCGCCCAGUUGCUUACUGAAAUGUGUGAUGCCGGAAUUGUGGCCACCACUGAGCCCAACGCCCUGCGGGAUCUUGUUGAGGUCGAGGGACUACUAGGCAAGCUUCUUGGGGGGUUGACCCUUCCUGGCGGCGUCGGGUCAGGUGCAGGCGGCGGGCUGGGCUCCGGAUCCGGAUCGCCAGCACUUUCAGCCCUAGGUCAAUUUCCAAACUCAUCAGUCGGGGGUGGCAGGGGAGGCCCUGCUGCAACCUCGGCGCUGCCAUGGAGGCGGGCUAAUGUCAGGCACACGAGCAACGAAAUGUAUGCCGAUCUCGUCGAGACGCUUUCGGUGACCCUGGCACCCUCUGGAAGGCCGUUGGCGGCGUUCGCUCACGGCACGAUCGCAUUCACCUGCAAAGUCUCUGGUGUUCCCGAUAUUCUCAUGUCGUUGACGGCUCCAUCGGGACGACACAACUUGGCUUCUAUUAUGGACCUACCGGUUUUUCAUCCCUGCGUCCGUCUUGCGCGCUGGCGUGAUCGGCCCGGCGAGCUCAGCUUUGUGCCACCUGAUGGUCGCUUUAUUCUUGCUAGUUACGAGGUUGAUCUGCUGCCCUUUUCGAGCGGUAAGAGCGCCUCGAUCGCUGCCAACAAUCUGAAGUUGCCGGUCAGUGUCGAGGUCAAGACCGGUCUGGGCCCGACAGAGUCUGACUUUGAGGUCAGAGCCUACGUCAACAAGGUGUUUGGCGCAUCUGGGACGGGCAUUGGGAGCGAUAUGUCUGGGCCUGGAGGCAGUGGAUUUGGCAGAGGCGGCAGUGGAAGUAUGGGCGGGGGCCCCGGAGGUAAGGCUUUUGGAGGUCCGCCAGCUGGGACUGCCGCUGCGCCGCUUCUCGAAGACUUGAAAAUCACAGUACCUCUACCAGCAGAAGUUCGAAAUAUCCCUGAGAUCCGACCAAGCAAGGGUGACGCUACGUAUAGCCCGGGUGACCGAGUUGUCGAAUGGGUUAUACCCAACAAGGCUCUGUCCACCGGCGCUACAUACUUCAGUCUACGGUGUACGGUCGUCGGCGAGCAAACGGCUGAGGACGAGGAGGCGGCUGUUGCGGCAGGCUAUCAGGAUCCAAUGGGGUUUGGAUUUAGGGAGUACGCUUACGAGGACUCGGCACAAAAAUCGAAGAGGGAGGACAGCAAAGCGAAAGAGGGGGAGGGAAGCGAUGCAAAAACGGCACAGAACAAGCUUUUGAUGCCCAGCUCUGCAUCCAUCAGCUUCUCAGUGAAAGGAUGGCUACCCAGCGGUGUCAAGGUCGAGAGCAUAACUAUCGAUCCAAAGAGGAGCCAAGGCUUGACAGCCUCACCAUACAAAGGAGUGAAGUAUCUCACCGUUAGCAAAGGUGGCAUUGAGCUGAGGUGUUGA